AUGAACGUCCCGCGAACGUCCCCAGUACGUCCCGCGAACGUCCCAGCGACGUCCCGCGAACGUUCCAGCGACGUCCCUUUGACGUCUAAAGAACCCUACACGAAGACGUCCAGCGGACGUUCGCAGAGGCCAUUCAGGGGACGUUCUGGGGACCUUUUUCAAAUCUUCCGGCCCCAGGAUGCCUCCUCCUCCACCAGUCAUCGCUGCCGAGCCCCAGGCUCCAUCGCGGCCGCCGCUCUGCUCGACCAGCCACAAGAUUUCCCGACACCGAGGCUUAACCUCGCCUCCACUGCCGAAACUUUCAACUUCCCCAGCAUCCUCAUAUCAUUCGGCUGCGCCAACAAAUUCCUCCGAUCGGAAAGUGACCCGGCUCUCCGCGAGCGUUGGAUCACAGAAGCAGGCCUUCAACGAGCCUGGGCCGCGCCCAGUUCUUACCGUAGCAAAGCCGCACUUGCUUCCCGCUUCGGCUCAGCCUUCACCUGGGCUCUUCCGACCGCAGCGCCGUACGCAGCCGGGCCCCUAACUUCUGUUUCCAGACGCAAGUGCGAGGCUGCCUCUGCUAGCGGCGCAGGCCACCAGUCUUGCCAAACAAUUUUCAGCUACAGCAAGCUCAAAGCUGUCUCCGCUUGCAACACAGGCCCUCACAUGUCUUUUCCUCCUGUUACUCCUAACCCCUUUCCUUUUCAGUUGCCUCCAGCUCCUAUAGCAGACGUUAGCGUGAGGGUGCCUCCGCUAGUGAGAAAACUUCAUUUCUGGGAACAAAAAAAAAAAGCAACACACACUGUCAGAAAGGAGCCAGAUGCCAGUAUUAGGACAUCAGGAAAGGACCAGGCCAGCUGUCCAGUCUGUCAAGAUCUACUGAAGAAUCCAGUGACUUGUAACUGUGGUCAGAGUUUCUGUUCGGCGUGCGUUCUCAGUCUGAAGCAGGACAGUCCAAAGGGAUCCCACAGCUGUCCUCAGUGCAAAGAGAUGUUCACUCCGAAGCCUGUUCCACGCACAUCCGUCAAAGUUGAUGAUCUGUUGGAGAGAAUGAAAAAAGUGGAGCUAUCUUCUUCUAAACAUCCUUCGGAUCCAAGCUAUGCUGGACCUGGAGACGUAUGGUGUGAUGAAUGCACUGGAAGAAAACAGAAAGCCGUCAAGUCUUGUUUAAUGUGUCGGGCUUCCUUCUGUGAAAGUCACCUAAUACCUCACACCACAGUGCCCUAUCUGAAGAGACACAAGCUGAUCGAAGCCUCCCCAGACCUGCAGGAAAACAUCUGCUCCAAACAUGACACACUCAAUGAAUUCUAUUGCCGUACAGACCAAAAAUGUAUCUGUGCUUCAUGUGCAUUGAAUGAACAUAAAGAACAUGAUAUGGUUGAAGCUGAAACAGAAAGGACAGGAACACAGAUUGAGAUUACAGAAAAGCGAAGGGAAGUACAUCAAAGAAUCAAGGAAAAACAGAGAGUGUUGGAUGAGCUGAAACAGUCUUUGGAUACACUAAAGUGCUCUGCACAGGCUGCAUUAGAGGAAAAUGAGAAGAUCUUCACUCAACUGAUCCACACUAUUGAGAAAACACGUUCUGAAGUAGCAGAGCUGAUCAGAGCUCAAGAAAAGAUGGAAUAUGGUCGAGUUUCACAGCUUCAUGAGCAGCUGGAGCAGGAGAUCGCUGAGCUCCACAGGAGAGACACUAAGCUUCAGAAGCUCAAACAUGGAUAAUAAUGUUUUAUUCCUACGGAUUAUCAGAAGUUGACGUUGGACAUCACCACUGCACACAAUGAACUCCGAGUUUCUGAAAACAACAGAGAAGCAAUAUGCCGUGAGACAAUCCGACCGUAUAUUCAGCAUCCGAACAGAUUUGAUUUUUGGCC